AUGCCCAUCGAUAACCCGAAUUGGGUGGUUGACACUCCUGAUUCAAGGUCAAACCAGAAUCGUAUGAAAAGGGCAAUGAUAAAAGUUGGUGGAAAUUCCGGGACAGAGCAAGGAAGUGGCUUGAAGAAGACAAAACGAAUCCUAAUGUGUAAAUCGACUUCAGUUGAAGAAUUCCUCAAAGAAAAUGGGGAAAAUAGUGAAGAAGAUGAAUUUGAAAAUCUUGAGGAAGAAGAAAAUAUAAUGGGUGAAGAAGAAAACACUCAGCAAAUUGGAAGUGAACAAACUGAAGGGGCAAAUAAGAAAAGGACACGUGGACCAACUCAAUGUUUGAAAAUCCAUGCUAGAAAGAGUGCGGAUCGUGAAGAGGUGGUCUUAGACGAUGAUGGAGUACCUAUUGAACCCAAUGAUCGAACCGUGACAAAUUUGAGUUGGUUCCUUGGCAUUGUCGCGAGGAAUUCAGACUUGUGUCCCUUAGUUUAUACUAACUUCAAAGCUUUGAAGAAAGCAAACAAGGACCGUAUAUGGGAAUUUGUCAUUGAUAAAUUCAGUAUCCCUAAUAAUGGAACUAGAGCGGUUUUCUCUCGCAUAAAUGAUGCUUGGAGGCGUUACAAGAAAGAUCUCAAAAAGAGUUGUUUUUUAAAGUACACUACUAUGAGUGAAAGAUUGAAGCAUCGUCCCCAGACCGUACCUGAAGUUCAUUUCAAGCAAUUGAUAUCCUAUUGGAAGAACAAUAACAUCCAAAAAAUUAGCAAAAUCAAUGUUGUGGACAGAGCUAAGCAAAAGUAUAUGCAUCGGAUAGGCCCAACAAACUUUCCGAGGAUUCGUGCAAAACUGCGUGCUAAGAAAGAGAACGGAAAGGAAGUUAGCCAGGCAGAGAUGUUCAUUGAGACUCGACAAAUUCAAAAAGGAAAACAGCCGGAUGAGGAAACUUCAAGUGUAAUUGGUGGAGACAAAGAAGAUUGUGAUGAAGAUAUGGAAGAAGCUUGUGAUCAUAAAGAUUUGGAAGAAAGUUGUGCUGAAGAUGUGGAAGAAGGUUGUCCUAAAGAUGUGGAAGAAGAACAAGGAGAAGUUCAAGAAGAAUAG